AUCCAGGGUUUCUUUCCCGCUACCGAGAACCGCCCUUAUUUGUUCCUGCCAUCUGCUCCCAACUGUCCGCGGAUCACAGCCGCCCCCUCGCCGGCGCUGCUACGAAUCGGGUGCUCCAAGGGGCACCAAGUGGCGAAACAUUGCUUCCUAGGUGUUCAUUUACAUGUAUUGUUUUUGGGUCCCAUGCUCGUGAUUUGUGGGUGAAAGUAGUGAGAAAUUCGAAGAUUUCUACUGUCAUUUUUCAAUGGAGUACCGAAGAAUUAAAGAUCAGGACAAAACUGAGGCAUCUGUUGAUGAUAUUGAGAGCUCACACAUGAAAGCUGUUCCAGGUUCUCUUAAUACUGUGGCCACAGUGGGGGCUAGCUCAGGUGACCGAUCUAAGUGGAAGCGCAAGUCAAUGGUGACACUUGCAUUGACUGUGCUUACAAGUUCACAAGGAAUACUCAUUGUUUGGUCAAAGAGAGCUGGAAAGUACGAGUACAGUGUUACGACUGCAAAUUUUUUGGUAGAGGCUCUGAAGUGUGCACUAUCACUUGCAGCUUUAAUGAGAAUUUGGAGAAAAGACGGUGUUACUGACGAUAACAGAUUAAGCACUACAUAUGAUGAAGUCAGUGUUUAUCCAAUUCCUGCUGCACUGUACCUUGUCAAGAAUUUGCUGCAGUAUUACAUAUUUGCAUAUGUAGAUGCUCCUGGAUAUCAGAUACUAAAAAACUUUAACAUUAUCAGCACUGGUGUUUUGUAUCGAAUUAUUCUAAAGAGGAGGUUGAGUGAGAUUCAAUGGGCAGCCUUCAUAUUACUCUGUGCAGGAUGCACAACGGCACAACUUAAUCCUAGGUCUGAUCAUGUCCUCCAAACUCCUGUCCAAGGUUGGCUUAUGGCUAUUGUUAUGGCCCUUCUAAGUGGUUUUGCUGGAGUUUACACCGAGGCCAUAAUAAAAAAGCGUCCUUCAAGGAAUAUUAAUGUUCAAAACUUCUGGCUAUAUGUCUUUGGAAUGGUAUUUAAUGCUAUUGCAAUAGUCGUUCAAGAUUUUGAUGAAGUUGUGAGCAAGGGUUUCUUCCAUGGAUAUUCACUGAUUACAGUUCUCAUGAUUCUCAACCAUGCAUUGAGUGGACUAGCUGUAUCAAUGGUUAUGAAGUAUGCUGACAAUAUUGUGAAGGUGUAUGCUACUUCUGUUGCAAUGCUGCUGACAGCAAUUGUAUCAGUAUUCCUCUUUGGAUUUCAUCUUUCGCUCGCAUUCUUUCUUGGAUCAACUGUUGUAUCUGUCUCAGUGUAUUUGCACUCCGUCGGGAAACUCCAAAGAUAGCAACAAAAAAUAUUAUGUGCAUUCAUCUUCCAUGGCUGAGUCGGAACAAUUGACAUCACUUGAUUCAUAUAGCCUACCCUACCUAGUGAUGCUUAGUUUGGCGUCUUAUAGGCAGUUGAGUUUGGAAAGGCAUGUUUGUGUUGGGUUGAUGCAUUUUAGGAGUAAUAGCCUUGGAUCUCCAUCUUCAUCUAUGGGUGAUAGCUCUCUAUGGAAGACUGAUUUUCAUGGCCAACUAUUGAAUUGAAAGCAUUUUCUAUAGUGCCAGCACAAUAUAAUUGGAUAAAGUCUCGAUCAAAUCAUUAUAAAUUUUCUAUUUUUAA